AUGGAUGAUUUUCACAUACCGGUGGACGCCAAUAAGAGCUACAAUGAGUUGACUCCAGAGGAAAAAUUCAGAUAUGAUCAUCAAAAAAUGCAUGAAUUACAUAAAGGCCAUGAGUCAAUGCAUUCCACUAUGAUACUUAUAUUUUUUGUUACCCUAAUGGUUACACACAUUAUUUUUGUACAAUGGAAAAAAUGUCAUUAUAGAUCAUAUGCGCUCUUCACUAUGGUAACAAUGUGGUCAAUGCCAUUGAUAAUGAGCCUUAAAAAUGGCUGGUACCGAUUUGUAAUCAUUUGGUUUAUAUUCACAACUCUCACAGCAUUAGUUAUCCGAAAGUCGUCUCAGAAGCCAAUGUCACCAACAACCCCAAGAUUAGUCUACAAAUGGUUCUACAUAAUAUACAAAGCAAGUGUUGCACUUGGUCUAUUUGGAUAUGUUUCUCUCAUUCUAACAUUAAUAGGUGUAAAUAUGUUGUUUGGUCAAAAACCUAAUAAGUGGAUGGACUUUUCUCUAGUCACAUUAUUCUAUGGCCUGUACUUUGGAGUUUUAGGUAGAGAUGUUGCAGAGUACUGUUCUGAGCAAAUGGCUGCAUCUAUAGGGUACUACACAGCUGAGGGUAUACCGACGAGGCAGCUAGAGCAGAACGUGUGUGCAGUCUGUGGUAAUAAGUUACUAGUCAGUAUUGAUGAGGAGGGAGUUUUAGAGAACACAUACAAGCUGACAUGCGGCCACGUGUUCCACGAGUUCUGCAUACGUGGCUGGUGCAUAGUAGGCAAGAAGGAGACCUGCCCCUACUGCAAGGAGAAGGUAGACCUUAAGGCGAUGUUCACAAACCCCUGGGACCGUCCCCACAUCCUAUACGCUCAGAUGCUGGACUGGAUCAGGUGGAUGGUGGCAUGGCAACCCCUGGUCCUGUUUUUUGUUCAGGGAGUCAAUUGGCUCUUUGGUCUUGAAUAA